AGGACUAAAGUGAAUUAAAUCUUUUUUAUUUCUUUACUAAGGCGUGCACACAUCGCGUUCUGCCAUCGCUCCCCGCCCCGCAGCCAGCCGCCCCGCAGCCAGCCGUCCCGCCCCGCAAUCCCCGCCCCGCCCCGCAAUCCCCGCCCGCAAUCCGCUGGUAGGUGCUCGCCGAUGGAAGGUUAUCAGGUCCGCUGCCGCUGGAAGGUGCCCGCCCCGCAGCAGAGAAUGGAAGGUCCUCACGCCCGCACGCUCGCUGGAAGGUCCUUGAUUGAGCUGAUAAUGGAAGGUCACCAUACACGGAUGGAGGACGCGGAUGGAAGGUCCGUGGCCAAAUCCGAUUUGCCCCCUCGCCCGCGAGAUGCCGCCGCCCACCGUGCCCGCGAUUCCGCCCCAAUCACCUCUGGUUCUCAAGUAUGGGGAGGAAGGGAAGGUGGUGGAGCGAGUGAACCUCGCCACUCGGCAGCUGCGCCUACUGCCGAAGCCCGUUGUCCGGAUCUGCGGUCUCCUCGCGCUCGACGUCUCCCGCGACCAGCUAAAGGUUAGAUACUCGUCUCCCCCGACCUAGGGCAGGGGCUGUAGGCGAUAGUCGAGCGCGCCGGAGCAGGCAGCAGGCCAACAACCCAGCAGAUGGGGGAAGCAUCAAGGAGGGUCGUGCACCGUCGUCGACGACCCGCUUCUUCCCCGAUGCGGAGGCUGCGGGGCAACUACGACCCCGUGGAGAUGGCGCGCAUGGCCGCCAGCGCUGCGGCAGCCGUGCGCCACUCGGCCAAGAAGCGCCCCAAAAUGAGCCAGAUCGUGAGGGCACUCGAGGGGGACAUCUCGCUGGAGGACCUCAACGACAACGAGGGGGUGCGGCCUGGGCAGAGCAUGGCGUUCGUCCAUGUGCUGCUUAGUAGGUUCUACUGUUUCCUACAAUAAAAAUCACUUCCCUAUUACUUGAGAUAUUUUAGAGUAUUUGUGUGUUUGUCAAAUCUGUUAUGAUGGUCAGUGUUGGCCUCCUUAUAUUAGGCGGGCCUGCUGUAGGAGACAUAAGGUCAAGAUGUUUGAGAUAGUCUGAUGAAAGUAUGAUAAUUCUUUCAGUUUAAAAUUUGCUGGGACAUCAUUUGCUGAUUUGCCUAUUGAUCCUUCAAAGGCAAAGCUAGAAUGGCAGCAAUGUGUUCCUUUUUUGCAGAUCAA